AUGGCUGACGGACUCAAUCAAGCCCGCGCUAUGCGCGUCGCAGAGAUAAUCAACGACUACCGCACUCUCCUAGUCCACAUCUCGCAACAACAUGUCGAACCAUCCCAAGAAGAAUACUGGGAAGAUGGCUUCGUGGUCCUCCGCGAGUCCCUAGCAUCCGCCCAAACCCUAAUGUCCGCCAAUUACCAACCCUGUCCGGUAACAGGGGGGAAUGUCGAGACCGAGAAAGCAGAGCUACAGAGAGUCAUACUGGACGGCAGCGCACGUCGAUUCCAAGCACACAAGAUCUACCUCCGCGCCGCCGCAGCACGACGAUGGGCCAUGACCCGCGCCAGCAUCCUCCGCGGCUCAAGCGCAACAGCCCAGCACUCAGCAGCCCUGAAGAGCGCAACUGCCACGCUCCAUCAGGAUCUGGCUCGUUUCACGGACCAACAUGUCGUGGCGGAUUUGCGAGCUGCUGAUCUGCGUGCUGGGCACUGGCUUGAUGAUGAUCCGUCGUUGGAGGCGAUCCGGCGCUGGGUUGUGGGUCGGUAA